AACCAUAUAAAUGAGGAAAGUGUCGCUUCUUCAGACAUUUUCUGUACUGAUUUCGUUAAAUAAUUUCGAAAAUGAAAGUUACUCUUGUUUUGUGUGUAUUGUUUACUUUUUGCGUAUUUGUGAACGCCAGACCAGAUGAAAAGUAUACCACUAAAUAUGACAACGUAGAUUUGGAUGCUAUUAUCAAAAACGAUAGAUUACUACGUAAUUACGUAGACUGUCUUUUGAGCAAGAAGAAUUGUACAAAGGAUGGAGAGGAGUUGAAAAAGAUUUUGCCUGAUGCACUCAAAACUAGAUGUGAAAAAUGCAAUGAGAAACAAAAAGAAGGUGCUAGAAAGAUGAUACACUACCUUAUCAAGGAAAAAAGAGCAUGGUGGAACGAACUGGAAGCAGUUUACGAUCCCGAGGGUACCUAUAGAAAAACAUAUGCCGAUGAACUGAAGAAAGAAGGAAUCGACCUUAGUUAAAUCGAUAAUAUUGUGGGUCUUACCAAAUUGAUAUUGAAAUAUAACUGAAAGUACUAAUCAA